AAAAUUACUUUAAAAUUAAAAAUAAAACAACAUUUUCCAUUCCAGUCGCACACUAGAAGGUACAUUUGUGUAUUAAGUUGAUAAACUCAUUUUAUCCCCCACACAAACCUUUGAUACCCCAUAAACGUGGACAACCUCAACCACAGAAAAUAAAGAGAAAAUACAACAAAAAACACACAUAAAAUAAUCUCAAUCUUCUUCUUAUGCUCAAUAAACCGUUAUCAAACCAUUACUCUUACAUACACUCUCUCUCUUCUAUCUCUAAACUGUGGACACACUGUGAUUGAAUUUUGUUAAGCUUCCAAUUAACUGAAUCUUGAUACACUCUCAAAUACAAGGGGAAAUCCCUUGGAACAAAGUGAUUCACUUGAGCUUUUGAGUUGUGCAGUCCAUGUUCUGAUGGUGUUGCAUGUUCAGGCUUAAGAUGGCCACGGCUGCUGUCGUUGGGCUUAGUGCUGGCAAAGGGCUUUUGAGCUCCUCUUUCUAUUAUUCUGAUCUCACCGAAAGGCUCUCUUAUACUACUGGGGAACCGCAUCAGAUUUCUUCCUCAAAGAAUGUGAUUGUUGCAAAAGCUAAUUUUAAUCACCGAGGAUCAUCAGUCAAGGCUCUUAAAGAAUGUGUAGAUGGUGCUACAAUUCCUCCAAUUACCGAACCAUGGAUUUCAAGAUCUUCUCCUGUAGAAGAGGAGACUUUGGAUCCUGAAACUCCACUGGAAGCUCUCCUUUUGCUUCAAAAGUCUAUGCUUGAAAAGCAGUUGGAGUUAUCCUUUGAACGCACUGGUAUGAAUGAUGUGCUUAGGGAGAAUAAUUCUAAGGAAUCACGUGUCACAUCAUCAGGAACCCCAGCUCGAGUACGAAGGAUAAAUGCUAGGAAGAGAAGUCAGGGAAAGAAGAUAUCCACAAAAGAAAGCAAGAAAGAGAAGCCUCUAGUGACUACUGUAAGCCCUGAGCUUCUCCAAAAUCGUUCGAUAGGGUAUGUGAGAGGUAUGACAAAUGAUGUAUUGCUGACUCAUUCCCAAGUUGUGAAUUUAUCUCGAAAGAUUGAAGCUGGUCGAUCCUUGGAGGAGCAUAAAGCAAGAUUGAAAGAGAAACUAGGGUGUGAACCUUCUGAUGAGCAACUUGCGAAUUCCUUAAGGAUGAACCGUGCUGAAGUAAGAUCCAAACUAAUUGAGUGUUCGCUGGCCAGAGAAAAAUUGGCUAUGAGCAAUGUACGCUUGGUCAUGUCAAUUGCUCAAAAGUAUGAGAACAUGGGUGCUGACAUGGCUGACCUUGUACAGGGUGGAUUGAUUGGACUACUCCGUGGAAUUGAGAAGUUUGAUCCCUCCAAAGGGUUCAAAAUUUCAACAUAUGUUUACUGGUGGAUACGUCAAGGUGUUUCCAGAGCACUGGUGGAAAAUUCAAGAACUUUGAGGUUACCUACUCAUCUCCAUGAAAGACUAAGCUUAAUUCGCAGUGCAAAAAAUAAACUUGAAGAGAAAGGGAUAGAACCAUCAAUUGAUAGAAUUGCCGAAUCUUUAAACUUAACUCAUAAAAAAGUUCAGAAUGCUACAGAGGCUGUCAGAUCUGUCUUGUCACUGGACAGGGAAGCCUUCCCUUCUUUGAAUGGACUCCCAGGAGAGACUUAUCAUAGUUAUAUUGCGGAUAAUCGUCUCGAGAAUAACCCGUGGCACGGUGUAGAUGAAUGGACACUCAAGCAAGACGUAAGCAAUCUUAUAGACACCACACUCAGGCAACGAGAGAAAGCUAUAAUACGUCUUUAUUAUGGCCUGGAUGAAAAAUCUCUGACUUGGGAAGAAAUUAGCAAAAGGAUUGGUUUGUCAAGAGAAAGAGUCCGGCAGGUUGGAUUAGUCGCGUUGGAGAAACUAAAACUUGCUGCAAGAAAGAGAAGGAUGGAUGCCUUGUUGGUGAAACACUAGUAUGGCAUACGAUUUGUAGUCUAUUGUAGAUCUUAUUGACUGUAUAUAUAUGAAGUAUAUAACAGAAAUGAACAUCACAUUCACUUCUUACAGUAAGUUGAAGUUUUUCGUCAGGGGAGGCCUACACUUGAACACUUCCUAUUCUCAAGACAAUUUAUCCACUGUUUCUGAGAUUCAACAAGAUUGUUGUAUAAUGUAUAGUUGUAUGUAAGGGGGUCACUGCACAACUACUUAUGCCUUCUGUAUCAAUACAAGAUCUUUUUUCCUGAUACAAUAGAAGCAUAUUAUAUACUUGUAUGUUUUUCUUAAUACAUCUGUAUGAUUAUAUACAUUCUGUACUUUUCUUAUCUUGAUACAAAGAUGGUUGGAUACUUGUAUGUUUUUGCA